AUGGUACAGAUAAAAAAAAGCAUUCUAAUAUACACUAUAUUAUCCUACUUAUUGUAUACAAUUAAAGGGCUUGAACAUCUAUGUGAUUUUAACGAAAACCACACUAUAGAAGUAACAGAUACAGAAAACCAUGAUAUAGAUAAUAAUUGUACAUUACAACCAAAGCUUUUUGAUAAAGUUAGUAUAAUAUGUGGAUCCAAAACAAUAAAUUAUAAAUUACAUCCAGAAAAUUGUUUCGAAAAUGUAUAUGAUAGCCCAACAUCGAUUAUUUCAAAACCAAUAAAUGAAAUAUUACCAGGUUCAGUAAAUAUAACUAAUAAUGAUGAUCCAGAAACAGGUAAUAAAAUUGUUUCAAUGAGAAUACCACCAAAUUUUGAAGAAAAUAAAGUAAUAUAUUGUUAUUGUGAUAAUAGAAAAAAUGAUACAUCAUAUUCUAGAACAAUUUAUGAACAAGACAUAAAAGAUUUGGGUACAGUUAAAAUAACAAUACCAGUAAUGAAAACAAAAGUUGAUGGAUGUGAUUUUAAAAAAGAAGAAUCUGAAAUAUUUACAAAAGGUAUUAAUAUUAACAGUUCAGAAUAUUAUAAUGUAGAUGAUAUUCUUUGUAAUGUUGAAGCAGAACCAAAUAAAUUAAUUGGUUUUAGAUGCCCAGAUGAUUAUGAAGUUUCACCUCCUGAUUGUUUUAUUAAUGCUUAUAAUUUUGACGGAAAAACAGAAUAUAUAAAAAAUAAAAUAAUGCUAAAUUCAUUAAUAAUGGAUAGUCAUAAAAAAAUUUAUUAUUCGAGGGUACCAAAUACUGUUUAUGGAAAUCCAAACUUUUUCUGUAUGUGUGUAAAAGAUAAUAAAAAGCUUAUAGCACAUUUUAAUUUUAUUUCAUCUCCAAAAUAUAAACCAUGGGGUAAUUAUGCAAAUCAAUUAUAUGCAACUAGUAAUUCAAAUUAUUAUGAAAAAACUACAUCUAUUAUGAUUGUACUAUUUUUUAUUUUUUCGUAUUUUAUGCUAUAA